AUGGUACUGUUAGCAGCCUCCAUAUGUACAAAAGCUGGAAAACCGUUGGUGUCUCGACAAUUUGUUGAAAUGACUCGAUCGAGAAUUGAAGGUUUAUUAGCUUCAUUUCCGAAAUUGAUUGGAGGAUCUAGUAAACAGCAUACGUUUGUUGAAACGGAUACAGUCCGAUAUGUUUACCAACCGUUUGAUAAAUUAUACAUGGUUUUAUUAACAACAAAAGCUAGUAACAUACUGGAAGAUCUUGAGACGCUUCGAUUAUUCUCACGUGUGAUACCAGAAUAUUGUAAGACUGUUGAUGAAAAAGAAGUAUUUGAACAUGCAUUCGAUUUAUUAGCAGCAUUCGAUGAAAUUGUAGCAUUAGGUUAUAAAGAAAGUGUCAAUUUAGCACAAAUACGGAUCUAUACUGAAAUGGAAUCACAUGACGAAAGAGUGUAUGACGCAAUGAGACAGAGUCAAGAACGGGAUGCAAAAAAUAAGAUGAUUGAACAUGCAAAAAAAUUAGAUCGAGAAAAAAGUCAAAAACCAGGUGGAAUAAGCAGUGGCGGAAUAUCAUCCAAUACGUACAAUAACUCAACACAUGAAGGAAAAAUUGAUGUUACACUAACACCAAUAACAUUUUCCAGUAAUCCAUCGAACGUAAUACAUCCAUCUACGCGAAAAGCAAUGAAACUUGGUUCAAAGGGCAAAAACGUGGAAUCAUUUGUAGAUCAAUUAAAAUCGGAAGGUGAAGUAAUAGGAAGCGCAUCACAAACACAAACUAAAACAAAACAACAAAGCCAAGCAUUACCCACAAUUCCACAGAAUGAAGUACAUUUAAAACAAGAAGAAAAGUUAAACGUUCGUUGUGGACGCGAUGGAGGUGUAGAAAAUCUGGAAAUUCUUGGUAUGGUUAUGUUGCGUGUGAAAUCAGAAGAGUAUGGAAGAAUCUUUAUCGCAGUACAAAAUAAUGAAACAAGAAAUAUACAACUACAAACACAUCCGAACAUUGAUAAAAAAUUAUUUAUCAGUGACUCACUAAUCGGUUUAAAAAAUCCAGAAAAACCCUUUCCUAUUAACCAAGACAUUGGAAUAUUAAAAUGGCGGUAUCAAUCAACAGAUGGAAAAGAAAUUCCGCUAACAAUUAAUUGUUGGCCAAGCGAGACAUCGAAUGGAGGGUGUGAUGUUAACAUUGAAUAUGAACUUCAAAAUACAAAUUUGAUUUUAAGAGACGUCAUCAUUUCCAUUCCACUACCUUCUGGUGGUCAAACUCCUGUUAUUGGACGAAUUGAUGGUGAUUACAGUUUUGAUAGUCGAAAAACUUGUCUUUCAUGGUCAUUACCUGUUAUUGAUCAAUCAAAUUCAGAAGGAACAUUAGAAUUUUCCGUGCGUGGAAAAACAGCCGAUUUUUUUCCAGUUAAAGUCGAAUUUGUAUCAGAAACAUCAUUUUUUAACAUCAAGAUUGCAGAUGUUAAAUUUGUUGAUAGUCGUGAAUUUGUUCCCUAUUCAAGUGAAACAAGUUUGGUUGCUGAAAAAUAUGAAUAUGUUUAA